CCUCUACUUUCAUAUUGCUGCAAGUAACAGCAGAGAGAGAUGGCUCAAAAUGGCGGAGGCAGAAGAUGGUCUCUUGAAGGAGUGACUGCUCUUGUCACUGGUGGAACCAAAGGGAUUGGGUAUGCAAUUGUGGAGGAAUUGGCUGGACUAGGUGCAAGUGUAUACACUUGUUCUCGAAAUGAAGCCCAGCUCCAUGAAUGCUUGAAUCAAUGGAAGAAGAAGGGUUAUCAUCAAGUCACUGGUUCAGUCUGUGAUGUGGCCUCAAAAAUCCAGAGAGAGGAGCUAAUACACAAGGUCUCAUCACUGUUUCAUGGGAAACUUAACAUCCUUGUAAACAAUGUUGGAACUACUCACGGACCAACGCCAACAACUGAGUGCACCGCUGAAGAGUACUCAUCCAUAAUGAAUACCAAUCUUGAAUCUACUUACAAUUUGUGCCAACUAGCACAUCCUCUUCUCAAAACUUCAGGAGCUGGUAACAUUGUUUUUAUGUCUUCUGUUGCUGGUGUGGUAUCAAUUUGGGGGGGUGGGAGUGUAUAUGGCGCAACUAAAGGAGCAAUGAAUCAAUUGGCCAAAAACUUGGCUUGUGAGUGGGCAAAAGACAACAUUAGGAUCAACAGUGUUGCACCUUGGGUCAUCAGAACCCCUCUUGUUGAACCUAUUUUGAAUGACGACGUAAAGAUAAUGGAGGCUGUCAUAUCUCGAACCCCAUUGGGACGUAUAGGAGAGCCUGAAGAGGUGUCUGCCUUGGUGGCGUUUCUAUGCCUUCCUGUAGCCUCAUACAUAACAGGCCAGACUUUUUGCGUCGAUGGAGGGAUAACUGCCAAUGGCUUCCAGUUUCAACCAUUAUGAUGAGAUUUGCAUAUGCAAGACUGCUCAUGAGGUGUUGAUAUGAAGAAUAUAAUUUGGUGUUGAUAUUAAGAACAUGAUUGAUUAGUCGAUCAUCAAUAAUUUGGUGGAAGAUAUUGUUCGUCUUCAUACGUACGUGCAUAUCUUUUUUGUGGGUCUGAGGAAUCUCUAGCUUUCACAGUUGGCUUGGUGAUC